AUUUAUUCACAGCCUUGAUAGUUGUUUGUAGACGUUUCCAGCGCACACAAUAUUUGCCUCACAGAAGUUAUUUCAUUUUGAUUUGUUUAUUAUUAUUGUUUGUAUAAUGUUUCCUGGUGGGAGGGUUCUCAUUAUUUGAAAAUAUACACAGGCUUAAUUUGUGAAUUAUCAGAGACUCACCUUGAUGCUCGAGUCUCUUGCCUGGUCAUUCAGAGUCAUUCAAACAGUUGCUGUGUUACGGUGAUGCUGUGUCUCGCCCGCUCCGGUAACCAGCAGUGACAAUUGGUGAUCGCGACCGCCCGCCGGUGACCUGUGAGCGCGGUGCUGGUGACCGAUGGUGACCGUACGCGAUCGGUGGCGACCUGUGUGCACCACUGGUGCUGGUCGGUAGCCGGGGGCCGCUGUUGGUGAUAGGAUUAUGUCUCUACACGGGGAGCCGCCGCCGCCGCCGCCGCCGGCCCCUGCCGCCGGGUCGGCAGGCCGGGAGCGCACGCCGCCUGCCACCCCCGGCUCCAGCAAGCUGAUGACGGCGCGGGUGCUGCUGCUGGACGACCUGGUGGUGCCGUUUCACAUACAGCUCAAGUCUCCUGGUCGCACUCUCUUCGACAUGGUGUGCAAGCACCUGAACCUGCUGGAGACGGACUACUUCGGCCUGGAAUACGUCGACACACAGGGCGUCAAGUACUGGCUGGACCUGGAGCGACCGAUGGGACGUCAGGUGGACCUCGCGCCGCACCAGCCCAUCCUCUGGUUCUGCGUCAAAUUCUACACACCCGACCCAGCACAACUAGAAGAUGAAUUCACCCGCUACCUGUUCGCACUACAAGUCAAACGCGAUCUCGCGCAGGGGCACCUGCAAUGCAAUGACAACACGGCAGCUCUCAUGGCCAGCUACAUCUGCCAGGCCGAGUACGGCGACUUCUCUGGCCACGAGUCGGCGGACGCGUCCUACCUGCGGGCGUGUCGCGUGAUGCCCGGCCAGGACGCCGACAUGGAGCGUCGGAUCAUGGAGUCGCACCGGCGGCUGGUCGGUCAGACGCCGGCCGAGGCCGACCUCAACCUGCUGGAGACGGCGCGGCGCUGCGAGCUCUACGGCAUGAAGAUGCACCCGGCCAAGGACCACGAGGGUGUGCCCCUGAACCUGGCCGUGGCGCAUAUGGGCAUCGUUGUGUUCCAGAACUACUACAAGAUCAGCACCUUCUCCUGGGCCAAGAUCAGGAAGCUGUCCUUCAAGCGGCGCCGGUUCCUCAUCAAACUCCAUCCUGAGGGACAUGGCUACUACAAGGACACGGUGGAGUUCUUCUUCGGUACUCGCAACUACUGCAAGAACUUCUGGAAGAAGUGUGUGGAACACCAUGGCUUCUUCCGAUGUCUGGAUGUGGCGCAAAAGAGCCGCUCCAAGCCGCGCGUCCUGCCGCGGGGCAGCUCGUUCCGGUUCAGCGGCAGGACUCAGAAGCAGAUGAUCGAGUACGUUCGGGAAAACUACGCCAAACACCAGGGCUUCAACAGGUCACAGUCGUUCCGUUCGUCGAGCGCUCUACGCGGCACCACCAGCCUGGCGGGCUCCACGGUCGGCCCUUCACUGUCGGCGCACCCGCUCAUCCCGGCCGAGCUGCCGACAGACAGGUCCACAGUGGGCACACCUGUCUCGCUGUCCUACGGCUCCGUGACGCUGCCGUCCUCGACAGCUCCCCAGUCGCCCCAGUCGGGUACCGAGCGAGAUACGGCCGAGCUGGACACCUCGCGCGGAGAGGCGUCCGGCUCGCUGGCCUCGUCUCCGCCGCAGUACGCCGCGCCGCCGCCGCCGCCGGCACUGCCAGACGACGGCACCCUGCCCGUGCUCUCGGUCAACGAGGGCGGCUCGGAACCCGACGAGCCGCCGCCGCCGCCGCCGCCCCCGCCCCCGCCGGCGACCGUCUCCCCGCCGCCGCCGCCGCUCCCCGAGCCGCGUCUGAACGGCACCGGAACCGCACCACUUCCGGUGGAGAACGGCCAGCCGGCGCCGCCGGAAAUCCGCCGGAAGCCUCGCCGCAUCCCGGCCGACCGGGCCUUCUUCAUCGCCAAGGAGAUGCUGAGCACCGAGCGCACGUACCGCACCGACCUGCGGAUACUGCACGUGUGGUUCCGAGAGGCGGUGGAGGCCCAGCCGGGUGUGCCCAUCGGUCUGCUGUCGCAGCUGUUUGUCCGUCUAGAGCCCAUCUACACGGUACACAGCCAGCUGCUGAGGGACCUCGAGCAGCGCCUCAUCGCCUGGGAGCAGAGCAGCCCGGCGGACGGCCUGUCGCCGCCUCCGCGGCUCUGCGACGUCCUGCUGCAGGCUAACCUGAGCGACGUGUACCUGCCCUACAUCGACUGCUACCUGCAGGCCCUGGAGACCAUAGAGCGCGAGUACCGCACCAACGAGACGUUCAAACAGAUGUACCGCGACUUUGAGAUGCAGAAGGUGUGCUACCUGCCGGUAGCGGCCCUGGUGCUGAAGCCCCUGCAGCGGGUCCUCCAUCUACACACCCUCCUCACAAAGCUGGCGCCUCAGUACAAGCCCGGCGAGCGGGACGCCGGCGAGGCGGCGGCGCUGCUCCAGGAGCUCUCGCAGCUCACCGAGCGGCUCCAGCCGCGCCUCCUGAUCUCCGACAACCGCGUCAAGCUGAUGGAGCUGCAGCGCGACCUGGUCGGCUGCGACGCGCUGCUGGCAGGCGCAGAGGCCGUCGGCAGGCGCUUCGUGCGCGAGGGCUGUCUGCAGAAACUCAGCAAAAAGGGAUACCAGCACCGCAUGUUCUUCCUGUUUUCAGACGUGCUGGUGUACACAUCUCGCACCACCAGUCCGGUGCCGCAGUUCAAGGUGCACGGCCAGCUGCCUCUGCGGGGCGUGUCUGUUGAACAGACCGACUCGCAGCUGGGUAUCGCCAACUGCUUCACCAUCUUCGGCGGAAACAGGGCGCUGGUGAUCGCCGCCAGCUGUGCCGAGGAGCGGGACGCCUGGCUGCGUGACCUGCGGACGUCCAUAGAGUCGGCGAUGGCCCAGCCGGACACCACAGCGCCGCUCAGCUCCAGCCUGCUGCCCGCCUGCAGCUCCUCUGACGAGAUCAUGUGCGGUCUCUCUGCGGAGGAGGGCGGCACGCCUCUGGGAGCGCCGUCCGAGCGGCAGCCCAACUGGCGCAGUAACCGUAGUCCGCACGUGUGCUGGCACCGCGGUAUCUCGGUCAGCAUGGCGCACACGGCGGCGGCCGUGCACGGCCAGCUCAGCGGCUACCUGCUCAGGAAGUUCAAAAACUCGGACGGUUGGCAGAAACUGUGGGUGGUGCUCACCAACUUCUGCCUCUACUUCUACAAGACCUUCCAGGACGAGUGCCCGUUGACCUCGCUCCCCCUGCUGGGUUACGUCGUCUCGGAGCCGGCGGCCACCGACAACAUCCACAAGGAGCACGUGUUCAAGCUGCAGUUCAAGCAGCACAUCUACUUCUUCCGCGCUGAGAGCCGCUACACGCUGGAGCGGUGGCUAGAGGUGAUCGGUCGCACCGCGUCCACCUACCAGUGACACGCACUGCUCGGAGAAAACCCCCGCCAGACGAGGACCUACCUAUGAGAGGUGGCACACCGCCCGCCGGCCCGGCGGCAGGCAGACAGUUCCCAGCCAGGCUGGACCGCGCAGUGGGCGGACGGAACACUCAGCCGUUUUGAUAGCGCAGACGGCGACUCGCUGUUCUGUCGGUCCUUAUGUGUGUUUGUGUUUGUAAGCGUGUGUAUGCGUGUGUGUAACGACCGCGAGUGAUGACAUACGUUUUACGUGUUCGAGGCCAGAACCGCCGGACACCGCUCGCGAACUGUGUGCCUUUUAUCGUGCCUUAGCUUAUGAGAUUGACGAGGUCGCUGCGGCCAAAGUGCAUUAAAUAUUAUUAUUAGUGUGUUCGUCGGGGACUGGGCGUGCGUGGGCCCAGUGUGGGAGAGGGGUGUGCCAUCCCCGAGCGGGCCCUAGCUGGCCGUCACGGGCAGGUGUUCACUGUUCAGUGUUCAGCGCCGCUAAACUCCCCGCGCCUCUCUCUGUGUCACAAGUGUCACAGACUUGUCACAAGCGCUACAACGUGUCACGGCGUGUCUUUACGGUGUCGCGUCCCCCUCAUGGCAGUUACGUGUCGAAGGGAGAGCGGUCAGCGGUCGGUCGAGCCGCCGCCGGAGGCACCUCAGUCCCUGCUCCACCUCUGUCUCGGAGAUAUGCGAGUUUACUACCGACCGGCGUAAGGUAAACGAGAUCGGUGCUUACUCCUACUGUCUGGCGACACGCUUAUUUGGUAUUUGGUAGCCCGAGCAGCUAAUGUGAGGCAUAAUGGAGAGUGAAGUGCCGGCUGCGCCGAGAAAUAACACGAGUCACUGAGAAGGCUGGGGGCGAGCGAACGCAAACAGCAAUACAUAUUUUGUACGUUUA